AUGGAUGAUUUGAUCAACCAUAACCUUCUCAAAAGCUUCAUCGUCUCUCUCAUCCUCACUCUCGUCUUUCUCAUCUCACCAUCAUCAUCAUCAUCAUCGAAACAAGAAACAAGAGCAUCUACACAAAAGAUAGAAACCUCUCUCAACGGCGACGAAUCGACGCACCAACUCGUCUACCUCAAGAAAAUGACGCCGUUGAUCUUGAACCGCCGGCAACGAGACCACCACCUUCGUCGUCGUUACAAUCGCAACUACUACUACUAUCGCCAUAUCAUCCGUCGCCGUGGUCUUCAGUUUCAUCAUCGUGCAGACUACUUCAAGAUGAUGACCAAGAAGAGCAGUAACGGUUUUAACCGCCCGAUCCGACCGGAUACUUUCUCGGUUAUGCUUCCCAAAGGAUUCGUACCUGCUUCCGGUUCUUCCCCAUGCCAUAACCAGAGCCCUAAUUCCGCUACCACUCUCUUCUGCGAUCUUUCUACACAACCGUAG